AUGCAGAUAUGUGUGGACAGUAGUCAUUGUCAUGUUCUGCAUCUAAUUCAUUCCGGAAUCCCUCAAAAUUUACAGCUUUUGCUUGAAAAUCCCGAAGUCAUGAAGUAUUAUACAAAUUUUGAUUUGCACAAGGUUGGAGUUGGGAUUCACGGUGAUGCUACGAAGUUUUUUAGAGAUUAUAAAAUAUCUGUUAAAGGUAUGAUGGAUCUUUCUUUUCAUGCUAAUAAAAAGCUUGGUGGUGAUCACAAGUGGGGUCUUUCAUCUUUGACAGAAAAACUUUUAUCGAAACAGCUUAAAAAGCCCAAUAAAAUAAGACUGGGAAAUUGGGAGACUCCUGUUUUGUCAAAGGAGCAACUACAGUACGCUGCAACAGAUGCUUUUGCUUCUUGGUGUCUUCAUCAGGCAAUCAAAGAUCUCCCGGAAGCCCAAGAAGUCAAGGACAUAAAGGAAUGA